ACCCGUUUCAUAGAUCCUGUGAAACGGCCUCUAGACCCUCUAGUAUUCUCCAGUCUUUUUCGAUAAUGAAGAUGCUACAGUUUUCUUGAUGAUCAAAACUAAAAAAGAAGGAAAUGUACACAGUUUUUCGAUAACACCUACGGAGUGAUCCCACGAUUACGAGAAGCAAAGAUUGCAACGGGUGUGGGGUAAGUGGGGACUGAACACGUGCGAAACAAAUAUGGCGGCCACCUUCAAGUUAAAAUUGUUGUGUGGUUGUGGCUUUAAUACCUCCGGUUUUGAGGAACACUUAGAAGUAAUAUCAUAGAAAAUUGCGGAAAAUUUCCCACGGGUGUUAUUCAAGUCAAUCGAAGGGUAUUUUUACGAUGUACUGGCGUACUUUGAGCUUUCAAAUUACGCGCUGUUUGCGCCUAGUAACUGAUUUCUCCAGGACACGAACAACUCUGGUAAACUUGCGACGAAUUUCGAUAAGGAUGCAGCCACGUCGAUUGUCUAGUACUUUGUCUGAAGCAGAAAGAAAGGAAGAUUCUAAAGACAGCGACGAAGAGCCGAAAUCCUGGAAAGAAAAUCCAACCCUGAAAUACUGGGUUCUUGGCUCACUGGGAAUCUCUGGCACUGUUUAUUACUAUGUCUACAGAAAUCACGAAAAGAAACGACUGCUAGUAAAACAUUUGCCAUCAACACCUAGUCAUUUCGUACUUCCCCGUGAACGAGAUCUCUCCGCUCUGUCUUCCCUUCAUAGUCAGUUGAAGGGAAAAGGAUCGUUGACUGUCCUUCAUAUUGUUGGCUGUCCAGGGUCUGGUAGAACAGAACUUGCACGAAAAUUUGCUGAGAAACUCGCCAGAGAGGAACAAGAAAAGUACACGUUUCUUCCAGGAAAUCUUUUCUUUGGAACUUUGAAUGGUUCAUCGGAAGAAAGCCUUCUUUUUGAUGUUAAAAGGUUUGCAAUUUCUGUUGGAUGUUUGGAGAGUGAUUGGACACUGAAGGCUGGUGAAGGGGUGAAUUUCUCCAGUCUGUCCAAGGAAGAGCAGCUAGACUGCUUUGUUGAUGCUGUUAGGGAAAAACUUAAGGACAGCCAAGGCUGGAUUAUAAUUUUGGAAAAUGUUAAAGAUGAUGAAGUUAUUCACCGCUGGUUUUCCACUGAUUCAUCAAAAAGUUGGGGUAAUGGAACAGUUCUUGUCACAAGAAAUGGCCAUGUGAACAGAGAUGUAAUGAUUAGUAAUACUUACAUUGUUGAUGAAGGGUUGCUUAUGGAUGAUGGGGUAGAACUUCUUUCACAGUUAAGUGGAUUGGAAGGAAACAAGAUGACUGUUGCAAAAGACAUUGUGACAAUUCUAAAGAGGAUUCCUCUGGCUCUCUCAUGUGCCGGUCAUUACAUGCAAUCAAAAGCUUUUAAAAAUCCCAGCUAUUCCAGUUUAGACUUUUUAAGUGAGUUUAAAUCAGAGCUGCAGAACUUCACAAAGGCUAAUGGGGAGACAGAAUUAAGCCCCUUAUAUGUCAUGGUUAGCAUGGAAACUAAAAACCUUGUGCAAGAAAAUUUCCAUCUUCUACACGCAUUUGAUUUUCUUGGAACCUGUACACCCAAUUGGCCAAUACCAGUUACCCUGAUUGCUCUACAUCUAAGGUCGCCAGAUUUUAACCUGCCCCCUGUGGUAGGCAGUGGACCUGCUCUGCCAAGCCAAAAACCCACUGAGGUUAAAAAGGAGAAUAGCUCAGAACAAGAGGUAGAAGAGAUGUUCCUAUCAAUCAAGAAACUGGCCAAGAACUUGGAGAACUUUUUAACAGCAGUGAAAGAUAACAUUAAUGCUAUCAAAGCCAUGCUUAACCCUGAGGUGCCUGAUAUGCCACAAAUGUUGGAUGGAGUUGUGGAGAUGUUAAAAGCUUGUCCAUUAGUUUCUGUUAGGAGAAUGGAGCCCAUGGGGGUGGACACGGUGGUAGUAAGUCCUUUGGUGCACUCAGUGUUCCAGCAACUUUUCUUGUCCCGGACGAUGGAGCAGCUAGAGGCGGAGUAUCUAGUCCAGGCAGAAGAACAACACAACAAAAGCUCGUGGUUUCGCCGGCUUUGGAGUUUUGACGGUCAAAGAUCACUGCAAGAAUAUCGCAAUUCCCUUGGUGAAGUCACUCAAGAGGAAGCUGUGAAUUUGCAUGAAAAUUUGUCUGAUAGCGAGCUCCUUCCCCUCUGCUCCGGGCCCAAUGUCAGUGGUUUGUUGCAGGAGAGUGAGUCACAGAUCAAGGAGGAAUUUAGGAAGAUAAAGACUAGUGAUGCCGUUCGUCACUGUCAACAGCGCACGGCGCGUAUUUUGAAAACUAUAAACGGAGUAGCUUCCGUUUGCGGCCAAGACAAUCAAACACGGACUCUCGCCAGACUCCUCAAGCCUCAUCUGGAUCACAUCUUAGCCGCUAGUACUUCCAAGAGCCUGGGACCCAAAAGUCGUGCUCAUGCCAUCUCGGCCGUAGCCUCCACUGAUGCUUCCUUUGGGAACUUAGAGUCCAGUAGGAGACUUCUAGAAGAUGUUCUGUCCAUUGAAACACAACUGUAUGGCGACUCUAGCUUGGAGGUAGCGUCUACUUUGACACGUCUAGCAGAUGUGUGCAGCUCUUUGGACGACGCACAACGAUGUAGAGAACUUCUCGAGAGAGCGAUUCAAAUUUACGAGUCGCAACGAAGGAAAUUCGGGGAAUACAAACAGCCUCUUGACUACGCGCGAACCCUAUCAGCCCUAGGCGCUACCUAUGGAGGGUUAGGCUUCAAGGAGCGAAGCCGCGACUAUGUUGAGCGAGCCUUCUCUUUCAUGCAGUCAGCGGCACCCAUCAGCCCGGACGAAGUUGAAACGCGCCGGUUCACAAGCGACGUGGCCAGCACACUCACUGAUUUGGGGCAUGCGUAUCUUUCGUUGGGUGAAACGACGCAAGCGCGGCGGUUCUUAGACAUGGCUCUGAAUGGACAAAGAAAUAUUCACGGCGAUGAACAUCCUGAAGUUGUACGCACUUUGACAGUUCUUGGGAUUGCUUAUACCAUGCAGGGAAACUGGCCCGAAGCAAGAAAACUGAGGAAGGAAGCCGGAAAAAUUCAAGCAAAACUCGAUGCCAAGCCAUUGAUGUGAACAUCUUGAACUGGGCGAAUGAACGGGGUGAUGUCAUAAACAUACUGCGAGUUGUAAAACAAAACUCUUGUCGGUAAAUUUAUCCACACUUGUGAGAACGAUCGAUCUAAACAAAACUGGUGGCAAGACUCUCUUGCUGCGUUGUAAACGAGUAGAUCUCGAUGACUUGGCCCAAAUUGAUGAAAAGCUACGGGAGAUCGUAAAGGAAUCGUUUCCCUAGACAGCUUGGUUCACUCUGGAUAAAUGUUUAGAUAAUUAAUUUGGUUCGGUUUAGUGAUGAGGACAACGCUAUUACAAACUUCAAACUGAUCUGAACCAGUCAUCAAGUUUUACUUUUCCUUACCGUAGCUCUGGAAUUGCAGAGCUUUUAAUUUGAAAGGAAAUUUUUAAUCGCAUUAUAAUGAAGUUUUUACUGCCGCCUUUUUUUUUUGCCUGGGUUGUGUUGAGACUUCAUACCUUUUGGGUGCGAC